AUGUUUACAACGCUGCCAGAUUUCACACCGCGAGAUUCGCACUCUCUGUGGUACUCAUCCUCUAGGAAUCCCUUCAUUCCUCCAGGCCCAGUCGACCACCUACACGCGGAUCCGAACAGCAAUCACCAUGGCCAAGCGCACUCACGCCAGCGCGGGCAGCUCAUGGAGCGAACACUUCUCGCGCGCCUCGCUACGGACGAACAAAAAAUGCACCGACGUCGGAUGAAUGUGCAGAACUUUGGAAGCACCUGGCUAAAGCCUCCCGGAGUACCCAAGACUCUACACCAGAUGCGAGAGGAGAAGCGCGAACAGGAGGAACACCAAGAAGCCAUGAGGCGAGAGCAACUUGCUCAGGAACUAGCAGAGGCGGAAGGUGGCGGUACAAUGGACGAAGGCAUGAUGGACGAUGUACAGCUUGAUGGAGCGCAAGACUUGGACGAUGAGAUUCCGGAUGCGGACGAUGCUUUUAACCCAAGCAGCGACGACAGCGAAGAAAAUGACGAUGACGAUAGUGAAGAUAUCGAUGACGAAGAGUACUACGAACAGGCGUUGGACGAACAAGAGGUCUACGAAGAAACCGUACGACAGGAGACAGAGUACGAGCUGGAAGCUGCACGUAUGAGGAUGACAGACGACGCCUUCCGGGAAGCCCUCGUCCGCGGCGACCCAGAAGCAGACGGCAGCAUAUAUGGCGGCGCAGAAGAAGAAGACGACGAGAGCAGGAGCCAGAUACUCGACGAGGACGACUUCGCCCACGACGGCACCCUGGACGAUGGAAUGGCGGGCGACAUGGACGCUAAUCUCGACGACGACAUCCCCGAAGCAGAUGACGGCGGCUACGAGCAUACCGACUCCGAAGCCGACGUCAGCAGCAGUGCUCAUUACAAUGAGGAAAACGAAGGGGAGGAAGGCGAUUCCACCGACAUCAGCUUUGUGCCGGCGCGCUCUACGCUCCUUGAAACCCCUGGAUCUCCUACGCUGCCUCGCCAAGCGGGGUCACACACAAGGCAGGGCUCUCAUAGAAGAUCCCGUGCGAGCAUGGAUCUGAGCAGUCUGCUGUUGCAGGACGAGAGCAGCUUUAUGACGCCGAUGGCGAGCAGUCCUGCGGCAAUGAGGCGGAGACAGGGCCAGCGGAAAUGAGAUGAUUGUUAUUAUUAGUGUUGUUAUUUUGUUUUGUUGUCUGUUGUAGGUAGGAAAACAUAGCUUAGAUACCCCUGUUUUUAUGAAACUUUUUUAUUCUUCUCGGAACAGGAAGUUGAUCAAAAUUUCAGCAAUUAAAUGCAAUUAUUAGGAUUUAUGUUCCAAAUAGUUUAUAUAGCUGGAUGAAAUAUCACAACAUGCAUGGGGACAAAGAGUGAAUCGAGAUGUAAAGAAUGAUAGUAGCCUCGUAGUAAGGUUCUUGAUGAUAUUAAAAUGAUUUAUAUAGAUGGCUCUUAGCCCGUAUCAAAGAAAAUCCACUCGCUUUUAUUUCACAGUCAAGACCUCCCCCCUUACACAUUCAUGCAGCUCAUUGUAUUUCUCUGCGAAAAAAGACAGAACAGAUGACCAGAAACGGCAGCAAAAACUCCCCC